GAAGGGGCUAAACUCAGAAAAAGGCAAAACUCCCCCCCCCCCACCUCUCAAAUUCAAAUCAAAUCAGUCAACUCCCUGCCAAAAAAAACUCAUCCAUUCACUCCCUUUUUAGGGUUAGAUCUCAAACUGUAACUCUCUCUGUUCAAUUCUCUCGCCAAAUGAACCAAUCAUCAAAAACCCACAAGCAAAAACGCCAAACUGGAUUACCAGAACAACCCACCAAGACCCACAGGAGAAAGAAACAGCCUCAGCACCAGCCAAGCUUUAGAAGAAACCCACUUCAAGAUCUCAAUAAUGGUGGCAUUGAUAGCACCAGCAUUGAUAACACCAGCAAUGCUUCUUCUUUAUCCUCCAUUGAAGCUCCUAAGGGCUGUCUCAGGUUCUUCCUCUCUCACUCUUCUUCUUCCAGGACUGCAAAAACUCCUUUCAAUAAUAGCAGUAAUAAUCAGAGACUGAUAAAAGUAAAGCCCUUCUCCUCAAAAACCCCCACGUCAGCUCCUGAUAUGAUGAGACCCCCAAAGGAGAACUCAUCAAGGCAGAACCUUUUUGAGAGACCCAUUUCAAAAAAGGUGGAGAAGGUGAAGAGAAACCAUCCUCCAUGUCUGUACCAAUGGCAAUCUGGUAAGAAACGCACUUGUUCUAGAAAUGAAAUUGCUAAUGCUAAAGUUUCGUCCUUUUCGGAAUCAAGUGGCAGUCUUGUAAAUAAUAAGCUGAAAUCUGGGUCUGGAGAGUUGAAAAAGGUGAUAAUUGAUGGAGUAUAUGAGGGUAGUGAAGCAAAUUUGACUCCUUUGUGUAAAGUGGCCAGUGGGUCUGGUUUGAAUCUUGGAGCUGAUGGUAAGGUUAUGAAUGAUGAUUUUUAUGAGAAAUCAUCAAAUUGUAAUACUGACUCAAAAUCAACAAGUAGCAAUACCAAGACACCUCCAGUUCAGCCCUCAGUAUCACCAGAGAUACAAUGUGGAUCAUCUAUGAAGCUAAUGACAGGGAAACCGAUUACUCCUGCUACUUGUUAUGGUGCUGGUCAUGUUGUGUCUGGGGUCACUGACAAGAGGAAGUGUAGGCCGAGAGGGAUACUCGCUUGUGGAGAAGCUAAAGCACUUGGUAGUUUUGAUAGUGAUGAGGAUAUUGAACAAGAGAAUGAUAUAGCGCUUGUUGAGAAUUCUGCUCUUUCUGUGUUGCCUUUGCCUAUUGAAGCUUCAAUGCAUUGGCUUUUAUCACCCUGCGAUGAGGAGGAUGAGGACCAGAAGGAGAAUUCUCGAAACAAGUUAUGCGGUUUUCAGAGAUUGGAGGUGCGUGCCAUGCUCAAUUCUCCUGCUUCAAUUUCAUCUGGCUAUGGUGGCUUUUCACCGAAUUUGUGCAAUACAAGUGCUAACAGAAGUAUCUCUACUGUUAGUGCUGGGAGGAGGAGGAGUGCUUCUUUGCUUUCUCCCAGUGAGCUCCCUCUUCCCGAGUUUCAAGGAUUUCUGGGAACUCCUUUAUGUGACGACUUUGCUGUUUCACCUUUAGAAGAAGAGACGAAUAAUCGCCGUGGCCUAGAUGGAGAGAACUCUCCAUUCUCCAUAGGCUCCUUGGGUAGUGGGAAUGUAAUCCAGACCCCCCAAUCUGAUUCUAGCUCAGAUAGACGAGUUGGCGCGUCUUGGUUACAAGUAGAUGGUAAUAGAAAGAAAUGUAGCUUUGAUUCUGAACUCAAUUCAGUGGCUGAGCAUCUUCAGAUGACUAGUUUAUCUCCCAAGAGCCAUGCAUCAAUAUGGGAUCCAACCAAUUCAAGUUUUCGAUUUGAUUCUCUGACCAUGCCUUCCAAUUCAGUCGAUCUUUCUAAGUUUCACAAAAUUUUGGACGAUCGGGCUUCUUGGUUUUCUAAUUCUACAAUCGAGAAUGUAUCACAAUCUCAGAUGAGAAUAUCUUGGAGGGAAGGAUUGGUAAGUCGUAUUUUUGAGAUGGAUGAAUUUGAUUGUUGUAGAUACUUGUCUGAUGAAGAGCAUGAUGGCAGUGCCUGCAAAAUUGAUUGCUCAAAAUCUCAUAAGAGUCCUGAGCUCAAUGUUGAUGCAGCAACUGAUCGCAUUUCAAUUAACUGUUUUGGAUCUACUGAAUAUGUAAUGAAGGAACAGGGAACAGGUGACAAAACCAAGGAUAGCCUCCCUUCUCAGCCACCAUGUUCAUGCGCAGAGUCCAUAAGCACCGAUGGUGGUGGUCUUGUUUGUUCAGAUGAUUCAGAUUGGACCCUAUGCUACAAGAACCAUUUGUUUCAAGUAUAAUUCCUCUCCAUUGUUUUUUAAUUCAAUCAGAUAAACUCUGGCAAGCUUUAGCUCAAACGUGGUUCUUAAGGAUCGAUAUUGUACUAGUUACACAAUUUGUAUUUCAGUUGUAUUUCUCUUGAUUUUACUUAGUUUAAAUAUUGAUAUUCAUUGUUAUAUGAAAUCCAUUAACACUCUUUAUUCCAUUGCUAAAUUGUUUACAUCUCAUUUGAUGUCUUGGGGACCACUGAAAUAUAUGUUUUUCUGCUUGUUCAUAGCUUUUAUUUUCGUACUGAGUUUAAAAGACGGGUAAAAGAAGGUGUUAGGGGACAUAGCAGCAUAGCAAAGGAAAAAAAAAAGGGUGGUAAACAUAGGUUGAGAGAUCUGUUUUAACUGACGAUGAUUGUGCAGUGUUACUGGCUGGCCAGAAAGAUGAAUGAACGGUCCAUGAUGCCCAGCCCUUUCAGUUUGAAAAUACCAGGAUGUGCCAUCUCAAAAUAGGCAAAAGGUCUAUAAAAACGAAUCUUACAUAUGCUGGAUAUAGCUAUUACUAAAUAUAGCAAUUGGACAGAAAAUUAUUAGUAAAGUUCAAAUUACAGAGCAAGUUGCCUGGGCCUGGAGGUCGAUGCUAAUCAAAGAAGAAGAGUAAUUGUUAGAAGGUGUAUGACAAUGGGGUUUAAAACACAACCAAUUUAUGAUCUCUGGAUGUGCUUUGGAGUAAUGGUGCGGUAGUAAAUAUGAGCAAUUGUAUUAGAAGAAAAGAGCAUGUGGUGGCAUUUUCAAGGAAUAGCAAAUAGAGGAGCUUUUUCUGCAAGCCAUUGUCAUUUGAGCAGUGACUGAGUAUAUUGAUUUGCCGGGCUGUGGUCCCGGUACGAAGUCACAACUCCACGAUAAAGUUGAUACCAGAUGCGUAUUUGCUAAUAUUGGAUUAACCCUCUCUGGCAGUCUUGUAUUUGAGUUCCAAAACAAGAAAGUGACUCAGCAAAGAAAAUAUCUCGUGACGUGUUACAUUCUAGAGUUAUAUCUCAUGGAUUGCGGGAAUUUAUUCAUCAAUGGGUAUUGUAGCGGAAAUAAUCUUGCAGGUUUAGGAGUAUGACUUGCUGAAGUAGAGGGACAGUAUGGACAAGAAAGGGUCAUGACAAUUAGGGGGGGAAAAGGAUUUUCGGCUUCACAAGGAGAUGACAACCUGAAUGUUAUCCUUUGUAAUCAGCUUUGUUUAGUCAAAUUGCUGGAGAUGUCAUAGGCAGGGUAGGCUUAUUGAGUUAAUGACAAUGUCACGAUGCAUCUGGGAUUUGUUUCAAUAAUACUUGAAGUAAGCAUCUUACAACCAAUUAUUUAUCACUUCUAUGAACAAGGAUAUCUGUGGAAAUUUGUUCCUGAAGUAACCCUUGAUAAUGUAUAAAGAGCACCUAAAUUUUGGUUCUUGAACUAAAUAAAGAACAUGGACUCUGACAUUCUAGUAGACUGAAUCCGAGUAAACUGAAAAUGAUCUCUUGGAGGCUCUUUAUCAUUGCUACCCUUUUCUUUUGCCCCUGGGAUAAUCAGAUCGCGUCUUGAUCUAAGAUUCAAGACGUUGAUCCUACAAGAAAGAUCAUAUAGAUAUGCAUACAAGUGUGCAUAUGCAUUGCUUGUCAACGCAAGUAAUUUGAUUAAACUUAUCCAGAGUUAGUUGCCAUGUCAGGUAGACAUCACAGGUUAAAUCUUCCAAGAAACAGUCCCUGAUUUGGUUUCUAGAUAUUACUCUUGUGCAGGUCAUACUUGCCUCUUAAUUUGACAAAAUCCAAACGGAGUAUUUAGUAAUCAUUUAUGUUGUUUUAAGAUAAAAAAGGAAAAAGAAAAAGAAAAACCCAGAGUACUCUUAUAUAUGCUUCUAUUAUUCUAAGUCACCAUCACCACAUCUCCUAUGAUGAUUAGGUAAACAAGAACUAAGGCAUAUAAAACAUUUUGUUUAAUUAUUCCACCCAUCAAUGCCGGCUAUGAUCAUCUACGGAUUGUGGUGAAAAAAUUUAUGCAUUAAGGACCUAAGGCCACUCUGCUUAACAGAAUCAAUGGACAGUAAAGCUUCAUUUGUGCCGCCUAUGGUCAAUAGAUGACAGCUUUUUGAUGUGACAUCAACCAAAUCAACUUGGAUUAUCAUAGCACAAUAACUAAUCAUUAUUGUAAUAACUAGAAGUGACAGACGAAACAUAGUCUUAGCAGCCAGAUAUGAAGUGGUGGGAUAUUUUUACUGGUUGGGUGGUUGUAAAAGGCCUUUACAGGUUUAAUAGAAGUAUGUGGUCAAAUUCUUUAUUACAGUAAAAUGUCCCUGCUUUCUUGUGCCUGAGUGUUUGUUUUUAACUUGUAUUUUGUCAUGGGAGAUGAGUUUGCCAAUUCAAACCUCACUGGAUGGUUUAUGCGUGGACUCACUCAACAUGACCAAGUCAGCAAAAGGAAGAUAUGAUUCUUUAAUCUUUUGCUCACUAUAAAGAAAUGAGAAAAAGUUGUAGAAGGGAUAUCUAGGUAUAGUUGAUGCAUUCGAAUAGACAGAUUUCUUCAUUUUGCUUGUUCAAUACCAUGCCAUAUCACCAUUGUUUGAUUUUGAACUUGGAUUUUUAUUUUUAUUUUUUAUAAUAUGAUAUAAUUCAGUCUCUAUACAUGAUUUGGCUCUAUUUUGUUGUAAUGAUAAUGAUGAUCUCAUGGAAAGAUUAUAGAGUACGGGAAGUUUUGUUUAGUUUCUUUGUGAAAGUCUUGAGAUACAAUUAGACGUGUUGGACUUUUAAUCCCCACAUCAGAGAAAAGUUUUGUGGACAUUGGUAUAUCACUCUCACACCCCCACAACAGGGCCACCACUAAACCCACCAAGGUCUAAAGUCUAUAACUCCAAGCCUUAUUCAAACAAUUGAUUUGUAGUUGCAUUCAUAGGGAAAGGGAAGAACCAAACACGGAACAGGAAGUUCAAGGUGUGGUUUGAUGGAGGGCCUAAUUCCUCUGGUUUACAAAGCUUUCAUGAAGAAAAAAACUCGCAGCCAAUAUGAGUGCCUUUCAUCCGGUGCUGCACGAGGUUACAACAUCUCGGAUUUCUACGUUCAUGAAGCACCUAAAAGUGAGCUGCAUUUGGAACCAUCCAUGGAGAAGAAAACUUAUCAGAAAAAAGGUCAUCAGAGAUAUUUUUCUGUUCAUGGAGAUUUCUCAGGUGGAUUUUCGUCGCUGGCAGAUCGCUCAACAGCUGCUGCUUCUCCUCAAACAAAGAGACUUGUGAGGUUCAGGAGCCAAAGAGUGUAGCCUUAUUGGAUAUAUAACAGGUUCCUAGAAAUGAAACUUCUUCUGGUAUCAAAUGUCACAAGAUCUUGAUCCCUUUUUUUUUUUUCCCGUAUAAUUAAUCUUUGAUGUAGUCUUGCUCAAUUCCUGUUGUCUGAAAAUUGCUCCCCUUCAUUUUUUUUUUUCUUGUGAUGUUUCUCGUCCAAAUUUGAUGAGGUCAACUGUAUAAAAAUAAGGUUGUGCACGAGCUCAAUGAUUUGUAAAGGUUCUUGAGCGCAUGCUGCAUGCUUGCUGGUAAGGAUUUGGUCUUUAAUUCUUCCAAUGGAAAGAAGGUGGUAAUAAAUAUACAUCUCACUACUAAAACAAUAUAUUUCCCGUUUCCACUCUUCAA